AUGAGUGUGGAAGAAAUCCAGGAACAACAGGAGCUGGAUGCCGAACAGGAGAAUUAUGUGCCACCGGCACAAAAAUCGGUUUCCGAAAUUAUUGCGGCCGACGCGAACGAUGAAAGCCUGAAUCGUUACAAGCAAGCACUUUUGGGUCAGGCAAAAUCCGAGCAGGUGAUCGUGGAUGCGAAUGACCCGCGUAAUGUCUUGGUGCGCUCAAUUACACUUGUCGUUGAGGAUCGUCCCGACAUCACAAUGCGUCUGGAUAAUGAGCAAUCGAACGAAGCAUCAUUUACAAUCAAAGAAGGAGCGGCCUACAGGAUUCGUUUCGACUUUCAUGUGCAGAGGGAAAUUUGUACGGGUUUGAAGUAUGUACAGAAGGUCACACGCCAUUCGAUACCAGUUGACAGAGAGACUUUUAUGAUGGGUUCUUAUGCGCCAAAAAUGGAGCUGCAGUCAUUCAUCACUCCAGUCGAUGAAGCACCAUCCGGUCUGCUACAUCGUGGCACUUAUAAGGUGAAAUCGCAAGUCUGUGAUGAUGAUGGCCACGAUUGGUUGUCUUGGACAUGGACCCUCGAAAUAGCCAAGGAUUGGGGAGAUUGA